GUUUUUCUUUCCGCUCAGCGCAGAAGCCGAUCAUCUGCGGGCUCGGGAAGGGAUCCUCGCCUCUUGGGUUGGGAGCGAGGGGUCGCGAUCACUGUCUGCGGGCCGAAGAUAUCACUUUCCCAUCGGUUAAAAACGACAAGGAAUUUAUCUACAGGAAUCUCAAACAAAACACGCCAGUUUUGCUGUCUGUGUCCACGUAUAUAAGAAGUGGAGCAAGGGAUUCACUCAAUCAUCCUUCCUGCUCAGACUGUGCGGAGAGAUUCACUCGAUCAUCUGACCGACUGGCGUGCCUGUCAGUUUACAGAAGAGAGAGGCUGUUCACCUUUUUAAACUGUGGGGAUUCAAGCUCAUCUCAUGAAGGUAAAUCAGCAAAUUCACACUGGACAAGGCUAUUCAUCUGUUCUGUGGGUGAGAAGGGAUUCAGUCGGCCUUCCCACCUGUGGAAACACCAGACAGUUCACACCGGGCAGAGGCUGGUCAUCUGCUGAACUUGUGGGGAAGGAUUCACUCGGUCAUCCGACCUAAUGGCUCACCAGCGAGUUCACACCAGGGAGCGACCAUUCACCUGCUCGGACUGUGGGAAGGGAUUCACUUGUUCAUCUAAACUGAAGGUACAUCAGCGAGUUCACACUGGGGAGAGGCCAUUCACCUGCUCAGACUGUGGGAAGAGAUUCACUUCGUCAUCCCAACUGAAGGAACAUCAGAGAGUUCACACUGGGGAGAGGCCCUUCACCUGCUCAGUCUGUGGGAAGGGAUUCCCUUUGUCAUCUCGCCUACUGAGACACCAGUCAGUUCACACCGGAGAGUGGCCACACACCUGCUCACUCUGUGGGAAGGGAUUCACUUUGCCAUCCUCCCUACAGAGACACCAGUCAGUUCACACUGGAGAGUGGCCAUUCACCUGCUCAGACUGUGGGAAGCAAUUUACUUGGUCAUCCCAUCUGAAGAUACAUCAGCGAGUUCACACUGGAGAGAGGCCGUUCACCUGCUCAGACUGUGGGAAGGGAUUCACUCGGUCAUCUCAACUGAAGGUACAUCAGCGAGUUCACACUGGGGAGAGGCCGUUCACCUGCUCAGACUGUGGGAAGGGAUUCAUUGAAUCAUUUCAACUGAAGGCACACCAGCAAGUUCACACUGGGGAGAGGCCAUUCACCUGCUCAGACUGUGGGAAGGGAUUCAAACGGUUAGCUCACCUGCUGACACACCGGUCAGUUCACACUGGGGAGAGGCCAUUCACCUGCUCAGACUGUGGGAAGGGAUUCACUGAGCCAUCUCAACUGAAGGUACAUCAGCGAGUUCACACCGGGGAGAGGCCAUUCACCUGCUCAGACUGUGGAAAGGGAUUCACUCAGUCAUCUCAACUGAAGGUACAUCAGCGAGUUCACUCCGGGGAGAGGCCAUUCACCUGCUCAGACUGUGGGAAGCGAUUUACUUGCUCAUCCCAACUGAAGGUACAUCAGCAAGUUCAUACUUGGGAGAGGCCAUUCACCUGCUCAAACUGUGGGAAGGGAUUCACUAAGUCAUAUAGACUGAAGGUACAUCAGAGAGUUCACACUGGGGAGAGGCCGUUCACCUGCUCAGAUUGUGGGAAGGGAUUCACACGGUCAUCUGCUCUACGGAGACACCAGUCAGUUCACACUGGCAAGAGGCCAUUCACCUGCUCAGUCUGUGGGAAGGGAUGCACUGAUUCAUUUGAACUGAAGGCACACCAGCGAGUUCACACCGGAGAGAGGCCAUUUUCCUGCUCAGACUGUGGGAAGGGAUUCACUUUGUCAUCUCAACUGAAGGUACAUCAGCGAAUUCACACCGGGGAGAGGCCAUUCACCUGCUCAGACUGUGGGAAGGGAUUCACACAGUUAGCUAGCCUACAAGCACACCGGUCAGUCCAUACUGGGGAGAGGCCAUUCACCUGCUCAGACUGUGGGAAGGGAUUCACUGUGUCAUUUCAACUGAUGGCACACCAGCGAGUUCACACUGGGGAGAGGCCAUUCACAUGCUCAGACUGUGGGAAGGGAUUCUCUCAGUCAUCCACCCUACAGAGACACCAGCAAGUUCACACUGGGGAGAGGCCAUUCACCUGCUCAGACUGUGGGAAGGGAUUCAAACGGUUCGCUCACCUGCUGACACACCAGCGAAUUCACACGGGGAGAGGCCAUUCACCUGAAAGGCCAUUCACCUGCUCAGACUGCGGGAAGGGAUUCACUCACUCAUCCAACCUACAGAAACACCAGCGAGUUCACACUGGAGAGAGGCCUUUCACCUGCUUGGACUGUGGGAAGCAAUUUACUUUGUCAUCGCAACUUAAGGUACAUCAGCGAGUUCACACUGGGGUGAGGCCGUUCAUCUGCUCAGAAUGUGGGAAGGGAUUCACUCAGUCGUCCACCCUACAGAGACACCAACAAGUUCACACUGGGGAGAGGCCGUUCAUCUGCUCAGAAUGUGGGAAGGGAUUCACUAUGUCAAGUAAACUGAAGGUACAUCAGAGAAUUCACACCAGGGAGAGGCUGUUCACCUGCUCAGUCUGUGGGAAGGGUUUCACACAGUCAUCUGUUCUACUGAGACACCAGUCAGUUCACACUGGCAAGAGGCCAUUCACCUGUUCAGACUGUGGGAAGGGAUGCACUGAUUCAUCUCAACUGAAGGCACACCAACGAGUUCACACUGGGGAGAGGCCAUUCACCUGCUCAGACUGUGGGAAGGGAUUCACUCGGUCAUCUCAUCUGAAGGUACAUCAGCAAGUUCACACCGGGGAGAGGCCAUUCACCUGCUCAAUCUGUGGGAAGGGAUUCACUUCUUCAUCUCACCUACUGAGACACCAGUCAGUUCACACCGGGGAGAGGCCAUUCACCUGCUCAGUCUGUGGGAAGGGAUUCACUUCGUCAUCUCAUCUACUGAGACACAAGUCAGUUCAUACCAGGGAGUAGCCACUCAACUGCUCAGUUUGUGGGAAGGGGUUCAAUUGCUCAUUUCACCUACUGACACACCAGUCAGCCCAACAGGGACAUGGCUAUUCACCUGCUCAGACUGUGGGAAGGGAUUCAUUCAGUCAUCUCAACUGAAGGAACAUCAGCGAUUUCUCACAGGGGAGAGGCCAUUCACCUGCUCAGACUUUGGGAAGAAAUGUUCUCAGCCAAAUCAACAAAAUGUGCAUCAUUGAGUUCACACUGGGUGAGGCCAUUCACCUGCUGUGAAUGUGGUGAAGGAUUUGUGAUGGACAUGGACUGUGCCUUUAAAAGAGAGAGAGAGAGAAACUGACUACAGUACUGCUGCCUGCUUCUUGGUUGCUAUGGUGAGAGAGAGGUGGAGUUAUGUGAUGGACAGUUUGAUGUUCACAGUUGCUUCACAGCAUGUUUAUUUUAGCAAGGUCCCAGAGACACACAGCGGAACACCAGUUAAGGCAAACAGUCAAUGAAAGGAGGCCAGUAACAGAAGAGUCACUGGGGGGAACUUCUGAGUGCUCACAAGGGUGGGUUGAGGAUCGAUCAGAGGAAUCGAUCAGUGGCUAUCACGGUGUGUAGAAGUGUGACCCUGUGGAGGCUACCGGUGUGUCUACCCCUGCCUGGGUGGUAGCUUACCCUCGAAGAUGGUCCCCUUAGUGAUAAGCUAUGUUCGGCUGACUCGAAAGUGGAUUCGGAGCCUGAUGAUGGAAGAUGAACGUCACCUGUUUACUCGUUCUUCUCCUAUUGUGGUUUUCCCCUUGGAUUAAAAUACGUCACUUUCUCUCACAACAAUUCUGUGGAUUGAAUUGAACUUCCUUGCAUUACCAUCGUAAGACUUUAACUCUUGCUACCGGAGCUUUAACGAUUUUGUGAAUUAUAUUUACAUACAUAUUUAUGUAUGUAAAUAUACACUACUAACAUUUGAUUUACUUGGUUUAAGUUACUAUAUUAAGUAGUUACUAAUAUAUAAUGGUUUUUAACAUCAAAACCAGACUCCAGGUGUGCUCUACUGCUGCUGGUUCAUUUAAACCGUUGCGUGUAUGUAACAGAUUCAUUCAGUUAUCUAUCCAUAUGACACACUACCAGGUUCACACUGGGCAGUGGCUUUUCACCUGCUCUGAAUUUGGGAUGCGAGUCACUCAGUCAUCUAACCUUAUGUGACUCUCGCUUCAGCUAGCAGCUUAAUAUAGGGGGUAAUACCCCCAGCCUGGCCAAACUUAAGAAACCUCAUUUGGGUGGAUGCUGAGCGAUGUGUCCCGUUACAAAUCAGUACCCCAAAAUAACAAACAGUACACAAUAUGUGAUUAAACAAUUGAGCUUUAUAAUUCUUACAUUGACUAUAGGGUUAGUGAAGUAAACAAAGAAAAGAAAAAGGGCCCACUCUCUUUAUUCGCGUCUUCUCAUCUCUCCCCAGCAAAUGACCAUGAAAAUCUCUCUUCCAGACUCACGAGGAAGAACAUUUCUGUCAUUGGAUAGCCCCGCACUCCAAAACCCUGUUAUCUCUAGUCGUAACCAAAACAUUGCUGCUACAGAGAAACCAUUACCUCAGCAGUGAAACAUUACAGAGAGGCCGUUACAUGAGCAGUGAACCUUACAGCAUGUUACACUUAUGACACACUACCCAGUUCACACUGGGGAGAAAGUUUCAAUAAGCUUCAUGCUGGGUAUUUGUCCAUCACCGUUGCUGAAUGCAAUUCCGAGAGUGACUGUCGGUGCUGAACUCUGCAAUUAUUGCUGCUGCUCACCACACCCAGUUCUGCACCCUGGUCACUGGGCAUGAGAGGAGUUUCUUCUGCUGCAUAUUCACCUUUAAUGGGACUGGAGUUUAAUAUUCUGCACCUGAGACAAAUAAAUCAGUUUAUUUUAAACUCUGUCUCCGGUACUUACUGAAUUUAUAACACACCUAGUGUAGAGUAGAGUGUCAACUCAGGCCGGUUGGACCCUGCCAGUGAUUCUGUUCCACAACAGUCCUUUUAAAUCCUCCCCUUUAUUUCCCCUCUCACUCUCCCUGUGGUGAUGGGUUCCAAACAGUCACCACUCUGUGGGUGAAGAGGUUUCCCUUGAAUUUUCUGCAGGCUGAAGAAGUGGAGCUGACUGCAGUUCUGUCUGAGAUGUUCUUCGCCCCUCUAAUCUCUGGGCUGAGGAAGAAUGACAUUGGUAGUUAACCUCCUUAAUCGCGACUCAUUCCCACAUUAUGGGUCAUUUUCCCUGCUUCUAAAGUGUUGUUCGGAAACAGUGCUGCCCUCUACACACUGUAAGCAGAAUGGGAAACCAUCAGUUGGAUUUUUGAUGAAGCAGGGUCAGAAACCAGAGGCGGGUCUGCACAGGGCAGAGUUUGGGGCUCUGGAUGGUGGUCGGGGUGAGAACGUAUGAUGAGGAGAAGGGAAUCAGCAGCAGGUCGUGGCAAUGAAUGACAGUGUAGCAGCAUUUCAAAGCUGACUGACAGAGAAAAUAAUUUGUUUGUCUGACUGAUGACACAAACAAUGCUUGUGGUGAGGUGCUCCACUGGUUCAGGGACGUGUGUGCUGGGAAUGGUUUUAUUUAUUGAGGAAGCUGUUCCUGCUUGUUUAUCCUGUAAUAUUAUAUCCGGAUGGUUAUUAGAGAUUGUCCUAUCUGAAAUAAUGUAUUGAUUAUCAUAUAAUUUGUAAGAUUUUGACUCUAAAACUGGAUCAGGCUUGAAUUUAUGGUGUCUUUAUGAAAUUAUGGUGGUUAUUCAUGAGCUUAAAGCAAGAUUUUGGUGAAUUAUAUUUGCUACUUGAUUGUACAUUUGUAAGUAAUCAGAUUGAGUUAAACUGCUGCAGGAUAUCCCGGAAAGCAUUGGAAUGUGUCUGGUUUCUCAUGGCAUUUUCUGCAUUCAUCACCUUGUUUGUUAGUCUUUAAUGUAUUUUUGAUAUUUUUUAUGUUAACCACCUUGUCCUGUAUUUCUGCAAGGAACCUCUAUUUCUGUGAAGACGUCUCCCACUUUGAGUUGGGCAUUCGAUGCUUCCUUGAUAAACAUCUAGUCUGGUCAAAUCAUUGAUGUGUCUUCCAUGGAGGGUCAUAAUCAUUCCACUGGUUAACAUUUUCUAUGAUAGUGAUGAUUG